GAAAUGAUCCAAAGUCAAAAAGCUUCUCCCAAGAUUUGGAGUUUGCAUUUUGUUACUUGGCUUGUAGGCUUAGAAUGAGCGACAUCGUGGCUUAGGGAACUUCUUCAAACUGCUUUCCUCUUCCACCCACACAGGCUUAUUUGAGUCCCUUAGUCAGUCAGCAAGCAUGUUUGGAACCAUCCCCAGUGCUUUGCAAGGGCUCGUGUUGCAGAGCAGUCACGUAUGGGCAUUUGUAGUUAUAAAUACUUGACCACUCUCCAGGGUGGGGUUUUCAACCUUUUAAGCAGCUUUGUUCCCUGUUACCAAGCUGACUUUUGGCCUCAAGUGCCAGAAUUGAUUGCUAUAGGGUCAGUCUUUCUCUGAGAAAGAAAUAAAAUGGAACAUACUGGGUCUGCUUCAAAUGCUGGUAAAGUCCACCAGAAUCGCCUGUCCGAUGUUACUGAAGAUGAAGACCAGGAUGCUGCUCUUACCAUUGUGACUGUGCUAGACAAAGUAGCCACUAUCGUGGACAGUGUGCAGGCAAGCCAGAAGAGAAUAGAGGAGAGACACAGAGAGAUGGAAAAUGCUAUCAAAUCUGUCCAGAUUGACCUGCUGAAGCUGUCACAGUCACACAGCAAUACGGGCUAUGUCAUCAACAAGCUGUUUGAGAAGACACGGAAAGUCAGUGCUCACAUUAAAGAUGUGAAGGCCCGGGUGGAAAAGCAGCAAGUGCAUGUAACCAAAGUUGAAACCAAGCAAGAAGAAAUAAUGAAGAAAAACAAGUUCCGCGUGGUAAUAUUCCAGGAGGAGAUUCAGUGUCCCACAUCCCUGUCUAUUGUUAAAGACAGAAGUCUACCUGAGAACCAGGAGGAGGAAGAGGAAAUCUUUGAUCCCCCAAUAGAUCUCUCAUCGGAUGAAGAAUAUUAUAUUGAAGAAAGCAGAUCUGCCAGGUUUAGAAAGUCAGGCAAGGAGCACAUUGAUCAUAUCAAAAAGGCGUUUUCCAAAGAAAACAUGCAGAAGACACGGCAGAAUUUUGACAAGAAAGUGAGCAGAAUUAGAACCAGAAUAGUCACGCCUGAGAGGAGAGAGAGACUGAGGCAGUCAGGAGAGAGACUGAGGCAAUCGGGAGAGAGGCUGAGGCAAUCGGGAGAGAGGCUGAAACAGUCCGGGGAAAGAUUUAAGAAAUCUAUUUCGAAUGCUGCUCCCUCAAAGGAAGCUUUUAAGAUACGCAGCCUUAGGAAAGCUAAGGACCCCAAGGCUGGAGGUCAGGAUGGGGACAGGGAGAUGGGUGUGGACAUCAUUACAGGCAGCCCGGCCCUGGGCCCCAUCCAUGAGUUUCACCCUGAUGAGCUCACCGAAACAGAAGAGGAGGUGGCCAGGGUAGGGUACACUCCCCAAGAAGGAGGAAACCCCCCAACUCCUGAGCCAUUGAAGGUGACUUUUAAACCUCAGGUUAGAGUGGAGGAUGACGAGUCACUCUUGGUGGAUUUAAAGCAGUCGUCAUAAAGAGGAAUUAAGUAUAAACAUAAAUUUGUUUAAUCCUGCAGUUGUAGUUUGAAUAGCAUAGUCAUUUCUUUUAUAUGCCAAUAGGAAAAUAAAUGGUAUGACUGUUUCUUGUAUAAUAUACAUAUUAUAUACUUUUUCUCCUAAAUUCCUUGAGAAUUCUUUUUAUUUCCCCUGAGCAUAUUACGAUUCUGAUGGCUUUUUCUUUUCAUAUGCCACCUUUUCAUGGCAGCUGUGGUUUUUUAAAAAUUCCUUUCUCUUGGCCCCUGAGAAAAUAGUUGCCUGGCUCAGGUCAGUUAUGUGCUUGGUCAUUCAUGAAGGACAAACUGGAGAUUUGAGUCAGUCUCAAAGGGAAGUAACUAAUGUGUAGAUCAUAUCAUCCAUAUGUUCACAUCAAGAGAUGCAUUAGUAAAGUGGUAAUGACACUCCCUUUGAAGCUCUUGGGGGGGCACAGAUUAAAGCAGUUAGCUGUAGCACCAUAGCUUUUUUACGAGUGAGAGAUUUGGCAAGUUGCCUGCUUAUUCUUCCUGAUAGGAAUGGGGAGGGUUUGCCUGCCCUGCCCUCCUUGAGAGAUUUGUGAAGAUCAAAGGGGACAUCACAUGCUUUGUGGGAACGAGAUGCACAUCCAGGAAAGUGUAAACCACGCUGGUUCCUCAAAACAGAAUGAAACAGUGACACCUUGUGAGAAGCCCCUCAACACCAGGUAGUGAGGGCCUGCCUGGCUUGAACAGAAACUAAAGCUGGUCUUCAGAAGUCUGCUUCCAGAAUCAGGAGUGGAAAAGAAAUCUUUGGAUGUCCACUUUUUCAUCAUCAAAGACUGAAAAUAAACCUGGGGUUUUAGCUGGGUCGUAACAUGUUCCUUGGAAAAUGUUUAUAAUUUUUCUUAGGUUUGGAUGUGAGGUGGACUGUUGUAGCUUUUUUUUUUUUGAGCAGCUUGAGGUGGAAAGCUGGGGCUCUGUUGUCAAAUGGAUUUUCUAAAGUCUGCUGUGAUGUGGUGGGCAUGGAAGUGACCUUCAACAUUUAUGUUUUAAUGAUCCCUUUAGGGCCCACCCGUCUAAAACACUAGCUGUAAGCAUUUGUCACAACCAUGUGGAGAAAGUCAGAUUCCACUUAGCUCUUGGAUUUAGGCCUGCGCAGUCAAGUAGCUGUUGCUGCUAAAGGAACAGACAUGCUGAUUCUGCACUUCCAGCGUGCUGAAGUCUUCCCAUCAUUUUAAUUUUUGUUCUUUUUGAGACAGGGUCUCCCUGUAGCCCCAAGCUGGCCCGGAACUUGCUUUGUAGACCAGGCUGGCCUUGAACUCACAGAGACCCACCUGCCUCUGCCUCCAGAGUGCUGGGAUUAAAGGCGGCCUCCACCAUGCCUAGCUGCCCUCAUUUUUUUUAAUAUGGCAGAAAUGGUAGAAUUAUUGAUGUUUGAUCCCGUUUUUUUCUGAUGUUUGGUUCAAUUUUGAAUAAUCACAUAGUAGUUAAAAAUAUGCAGGCAUGGGAAUGCAUGCCUGAAUCUAGAACUUAAAAGACCGAGGCAGGAGUAUCAUAGGUGAAUGUGAGGCCAGACUGGACUAUUAAAAACAGUACAGGGGCUGGAGAGAUGGCUCAGCGGUUAAGAGCACCAGCUGCUUUUGCAGAGAAACUGGGGGUUUUGUUCCCAGUACCCACAUGGUUGCUAAUAACUUGCUGUAAUUCCAGUUCUAGGGGAUCUGACUCUUCUCGCCUCCUUGGGCAUUGCAUGACAUGGGUGCACUUACAUCCACGAAGGCAAAACACUCAAACACAUACAAUAUUAAAUAAAUUAAAAAGUAUAUAUACACUCAUGUACAUACAUAGAGUCAGCUUUAAAGCAUUUAACUCAGUUACCCAGAUGGGUGAGUUUGAUUCAGCAUAAUUUUCUUUUCACUCAGCCCAAAGACAUAAGAUGACAAUUUUGUUAUGUUUUUAAUAGAAAACUAAAACAUAUGCAACAUUGAAUAAAAUGUUGAAAGAAUAAUUCUAAAAACAUUUUUAUUACAGCUUACAAGGAGCUUGGACGGCCAAUAAUGAGUUUGGACUGCCAAUAAUAAAUUUAAAUUUAAAAGGACGUUAUUCCGAAAUGUGGUGUCAGUGUCAUAGCUGUAAAUGUUUUAACCAAUGAUGAAUGGAAAGGGCAGCAUGCAAAUGAAGCCUGAGGUAGUAGUCCUUUGAGGCUAGGAAGAAUAUAGAAAAGUUACAAGAGUUUUGUUUCUAGUACUGUGCAUCAGUUGAGCUAAAAUAUUUUUCUGCAUAUAUCAAGGAAUUUUGUUUACUGACAUGUUAUAUAACUAGCUUGACAUCUUAUGAAAUAUUACACAUGUCGAUAUAUUAGAAUUUGACAGGGAAGGAGUUAUAAACCUGAUAAAUUCUUCAUCCUCAUAGAGUUUAUGCAACUCCAGAAACACUAAAACAGUUUCAUGCUCCUAGAAGUUCAUGGUAAUUUUGUGCUGUGUUCUUGCUACCCAGAAGUUUCCCUCUAUGUCAUAAAUGUCUGUCGACAUUUCUUCCCAUGUUUAAUUCCUAAUGCCCCUGUUCUUUAUUUCUUUUACUUUCACCCUGCUUUCUUGGUGCAAAGAUAAGGGGCUGUAAAUCUCACAUCCCGUUUAACAUAAGGAAUAGUCUAGACAAUGUUAUUUUGAAAGUUUCAGAGAACACCAAACGGGUUGCUUACUCCUCUGUGAUAUGGAGAUUGUUCACAUCAGACUUUAAACAAUUUAUUCACGAGAAACACUUAGUAGGACUUAACCCUUUCCACAUAAUGACGCAGAGCAGUGCAGCAGCCAUGGACACCAGGGGAGGGGCACUCACUUCAAAGCUCUUCAGAGUAGAAAGAAGGGACGUGCAAGUGUGUGUGCUGCCGGUGAUGGUCCAGGUGUCCUGAGCGAACAGCAUCCUGACUCAACGCUUACAGGUUGGAGAAGCUGCUGAUGCAGGACACUGGAGUACAUGGAAGUUCAUCUUGGUGACAGUGGACUUGUGUACGUUCCCAAAAGCAAGUUUUCAUAAAUGAAAGAUACAAACCCAAUUUAAAAAAAAAAUACAAACCAUUUUGACUUCAUUCUUUGCUUUCGUACACAUUAAAGGAUUUGGUUGAGAACA